AUGGCCACUCCGAUGUCCCAGGUCAAGCCGCCACAGCUGCAGCGCGAUACUGCCUCUCUCCGACAGCCACCGGUUGACCCGCGUGAUGCGUCCAAUCUUCUGCGUAAGGUUUUCAAGAAGGGCUGGGAUCCUCUGCCCACAGCGCAGAAGUUACAUACCGAGCACGCUGAGUUGUUGCUUGAUACGCCAAUUGGUCGCGACUUUACUCUGAUCACUGUUGCUGGUGUGGAGUUUCAGGUACAUUCCAUCAUGUUGAUUGGCGGCUCGAAGGCGUUGCAGGAGGGGCUAUUUCCAGGUGGUGCGAUGAGCCCUAAUCGACCAGGUUGUGUAAAUCUGCCGGCUCACUUUCAUCCUAUCCUGGUAGACCGCAUUGUCAAUUUCAUCUACACAUCAGACUAUAGGUUCCUUCCAGGCUCAGAAGGCGGCCAACUCAAGCAGACCACCUUCAAAUUCUAUCAUGCAACUCUCAUCCCGAACGAGAUUCCACCCUUACCUGCCACAGUUGCCCUCGUCGGUAUUGCCGAAUAUGCAUACCGUCUCCACAUCUACGCCCUGGCAGAGGAAUUGGACUACAAUACACUGAGAUCAGCCGCGCACGCGAAGCUCGUCGAACUGUUGGUCUUCCGUUCUUCCAAUCCCGAAGUUCUCAAGGAGGCCAUCAAGACUAUCUUCGCCCCGACCGGGACCGCGGAGCGCAUCUGCAAAGACGAGGAUGGUGCGUUACAGCAACUUGUCGUCGCGGCUGUCCUUGCACAAGAGGCUAAGCAUUGGACGGAAGUACAGCUUACAGGUUUUCUCGACAGUAUCCAAGAUCCAGCAUAUGAGGAUUUCCGUAAGAUCUAUACUACCGUCAAGGAAGACACUGGGGACCUCAUCAAGCAGGCCGCUAUCGCGAAGCAUUUGGCGGCAGAGCGCAAGAAGGACCGGGAACGUAGGAAGGCGGCUAACUCUAAGCGUGGCAACGACGGUAAGAACAGGAUCUUUGGGAGCGAUGGCUCGCCCAUGGGCGCCUUAGGUGCACGUUCCAUACCAUCGAAAGACAAGUUCAAACAAAGGUAUGAAGCGAAGCGUGGUGUUGCUAGGUCUGCAAAUGCGGAUAAAGACGGAGACAUGGAUAUGGAGGUUGACUAG